CCUCUGAGAGCCUCUCCUUCCCUGGGCAUCCGGCCACCACCUGCCGCCGCCAUGAGGGCCCUCUGCUUGCUGCUGCUGACUGUCUGCCUCCUCUCUUCCCAGCUGGCUGCAGGUAUUAACCUGCUUACGGGUCUUGGCCAGAGGUCCGACCACUACAUAUGUGCCAAGAAAGGGGGGACCUGCAACUUCUCCCCCUGCCCGCUCUUCAACAGGAUUGAAGGGACCUGUUACAGUGGCAAGGCCAAGUGCUGCAUCCGCUGACCCUGAGCCAGAAGCCACAGCAGAGGGGACACACAGGCCAAGUGAAGUAUUUGCAACUGUUGUUUUAAUAAAAGAAGUUUUUUUUU